CUUAUACAAACACAAUGUCUAAUGCCAUGUCGGUGAGACCUUCAACCCAUUUUCUAUGGUCUAAUUUCAUGAAAUACAUGAGGAAAAAUACCGUAAAUUUAUGAUAGUGGAGCUCUUGGUUCACAUGGAUUGUAUUGGGUGCGAAAAGAAGAUUAGGAAAGCCAUCUCUAAGUUGGAAGGUGUUGGCAGCUAUGAAAUAGACAUGGACAGGCAGAAGGUGACGGUGACCGGAUACAUCAACCAAAGGAAGGUUCUUAAAGCGGUGCGGAGAAGCGGAAAGAAGGCCGAGUUUUGGCCAUAUCCAUAUGAUGGAGAAUACCACCCAUAUACCUCCCAAUACAUGGAAGAAUCUACAUAUGCUUCUACCUAUAAUUACUACAGACAUGGUUAUAACCACAGUGUGCAAGGCUACUUUCCUGAUCCUGUGUUUUCAUGGGUGGAAGUCGACAAUGCCACCUCCGUUUUCAGUGAUGAGAAUGUGCAUGCUUGUUCUAUUAUGUGAAUAACGCCCUGCCCUCUAUUCCCACUGUUCACGUAUCAAAAUAUAUA